AGCCAACCCCAUACCACCCUCUCCCUCAGUGUUCUGAAAUUUGAGAGCUAGCUUCAGAGGAAGAGGAUCAUCACCAUGAUCAAGCUCAGAUCAAAGCGGUUCUGCAGAGGCAAUUCUAAGCUUGGAAGUGGUGGGGGCAAUGGUGUCAAAGGACAAGAAAAAGGAGAAAUCAAGUGGGAACUCAGACCCGGUGGCAUGCUUGUUCAAAAAAGAGAGAGUGCAGAAAGUGUAGGAGAGGGGAUGAUCACUGUGAGAGUCUCAAUUGUUUCAAAGUGGCAUGAGAUUUCCAUUGAAUCAACUUCAACUUUUGGAGAAUUAAAGAUGAUAUUGUCAUUGGUGAUUGGCUUGGAACCAAGAGAACAGAGGCUACUGUUCAAAGGGAAGGAGAGAGAAGACAGUGAGUACUUGCACAUGGUUGGGGUCAGAGACAAGGACAAGGUGCUGUUAUUAGAAGACCCAGCCAUCAAAGAGAUGAAACUUCAUGCCCUGGCCACUCCUUGCCGUACCAUCAGUGUUUAAAACACUGAUUAAACAUCUUGUGUUCACUAACCACCACUAAGAAAAGGCUAAAAUAUUGUGAAGAAUCCUUCUCAGUUUGUUUAGUUUAAGGGUUCAAUUAUGUACAAUUUUCAACCAAUUUGCAGUUUUAAAUGUGUAAGCUGAUGCAUUUCCGCGUCAUUUUGGAUAGUUUACUCUUUUUAUUAAAGGCUUAUUCCUUGUAUUAUAAGUCAAUACAGUUUCUUUUUUCUC